AUGACCGAUCGAUUAACAUCCGACAUGUCAUUUUGGCUUAAAUUUGUACGUGAUUCAAAUCUUACAGUUAAUAAUAGCACAAUUCUAAAAUAUAGUAUGGCAUUAGCUGAUCGAUUUUCUACAAUUGAAGAAUUUUUAACAGCUAAUGAAAAUGAUUUAAAUAAACUAGGCAUAAUUGAUCAAGCUGAUCGUAGUCGCUUGAUAAAACAAGCUCGUCUAUUAGAUGAUAAAGCUAAUCAACCAUUUGAAUUCAAAAGACGUUCAGCUGUUGCUAACCGUGUUAUCGAAUCUUGGAUUGGUGAUGAUCAAGCUAAACCAUUAAAUUCUAAUACAUUAUCAAAAUCAACUUGUAAUCUCUCACCAGCAUUACUAUCUCGAAUAUCAUUCAAUGAUCGUCCAACUUCAGUUAUUUAUCCAUAUGCUGAACCAGUUAAUGACAUACGAAAACGUAAUUUUGGUCAUUUAAAUGAUUCAAAUGAAAAAAUUCUUACUGUUGAUGAUAAUGGAAAAAUUCAAACAACAUUAUCAUCUUCUUCACUUGAAUAUCAAGGUGUAUUUAAAAAACCUCCAUCGACAUCAAUUCAUGGAAUGCGAACAAUAAAAUCACUUUCAGACACAAUAUCAUUACAAAAGAAAGUUUCUCUUGGAAAUGAUCAACUUAAACGACUUGAUUCUACAACAUCAUUAUUUCAACGACAAACAUCAUUAAUUGGUAAAAAAAUGACAAAUUUAGCAACUAAACUUGUUAAUCCAUUUGUAACAAUAAAAAAGAAAAUCGAACCAAUAUCAACUGUUGUUGAUAGUCAAAUUGAUUUACGUACAAAUAUGAAACGACAAGUUUCUCUUAUGGAUAAUAAUAAUGUUACGAUAACACCACGGCGAACGGUUAUGAUUAGUCCACUUAAAAGAACACGAGAGGAUGAUGAUGAUGAGGAGGAUGAUGAUGAUGAGGAGGAGGAUAAUGAACCAAAUGUAACUCGAAAAGUGCAAAUGUUAAAUGUCAAUCAACAGAUUCAAAGACCAACAGGAUUGUUUUCUUAUAAAGACGCUGAAGAACUAAAACCUAAUGUUGCACCUGUACAAACAUUAGGUAGUAAACGAUUUAAACUUGGUGCUACAACAUCAUUCUUAACUCGUUCACUUGCUAAUCAUGGUCUUAUUGAAUAA